GAUGAUGUUUAAAUAAAGAGCUGUAAAUAUAGAAUGAAAAGAAAGACGGACAGAAACAGAAAAUGUCUGAUAAGAGUCACAUGUGUCUGCUGGGACUGAUCACUCUCUCUGCACUUCUCUCAGAUACCAGUGGAGCAGAAGUGACUCAUGUGUUCUGCAGUUCUGGUGAAAAUGUCUGUCUGUCCUGUAAUAAUGCUCUUUCUGGCUGCACAUCAACUACAUGGAACUAUGACAGACGUUCAGAGACAGUUGAACUGAUUGCUGGAGGAAUAAAGAAGACAUACACAGAGACACAUGAGAGACUGAGUCUGGACUCUGACUGCUCUCUGAACAUCAAGAAAGUCACAAAAGAAGAUCGUGGAUUGUACUCCUGCCGACAAUAUGUGAAUGGAGAACAAAAAGGAACUGAUGCACGUGUUUAUCUGCAUGUUCUUCACGUCUCUUCAUCAUCCUCACAGUCUGAGAUCAGAUCAGGCCGCUCUGUGACUCUCUCCUGUCAGUUAUAUAAUGAUCGAGUCUCUUGUGAUACUUUGGUUCGUUCUGAGGGAAUUGAUCUGAUCUGGGUGAAUCAGGCUGGUGUGAAUCUGCAGACAGACUCCAGAUUUCAGAUAUUCUCCUCAGAACAGUGUCUCAUCUCUCUGACUACAACACUCCUGAAUGAAGAUCACAACAGAGAGUGGAGAUGUCAGGUUACACAGAGAAACCAGCUGAAGACCUCAGCCACAUAUACUGUCAAGUAUUCAGCUCCGACCGAAACAAAGUCACCGUCUCCAGUCACCAGCUCUACAUCAGCUGCAGCUCCUACACAACCAGGUCUAAAGGAUUCAGUCAGCAGCUCAAACUCAACACAAGAUACAGCUGUCAUAUCAGAAACUGUAGUCUGUGCUGGAUCAUUAAUCAGAGUGAUUGUGAUUAUUGUUGAGAUCGCAGUGUUUGCUGCUCCUACUGUGAUUCUUCUUCAGAUCAUCUGUGUGAGAAGAGCUGGAAGGAAGACCUCUCACCACCCGACGGAAAUAGAGAUGUCUACAGUAUUACAAUGAAACACCUUCUAUAAACAUCAUAUAAAGAUUACAGCAAGAUUUAUUUUAAUGUUUAUGGAUAUUAUAGAUAUUUGAAUACAGCUCUGAAUGUCAUUUUCCAGUACUGCGUACUGUACAGACUGCUUUAAUAUGAUAUU